UGACUGACUGACGGACCCUCCUGAGAGAGAGAGAGAAGAGAGAGUUGUGAUCGAGUGGAGUGAGCGUAAAUAAACGAGGGAGACCAAGGUGGGUCAGAAACAAACACACGUCGUGAUCCAUGUGCACACAUGGAUGAUGGGGAGAGAGACACCAACACAAUCACAGAGAUGGAAAAGAAGAGGCAAACCCAACCCAACCCAACCCAACUCCACACACCCUAAAGAACCCACCUUUGCAUUUUCAUUUUCAUUUUUGUUUUCUGUGGAUAGAUAGAAAGAAAUACGCACUGUUUUCAUUUUUGUUUUCUGUGGAUAGAUAGAAAGAAAUACGCACUGUGGAAGAAGAAAUAGAUGCAAACUCCAACAACGGCAGUUACUCUCUCUGUCUCGGUCGUUGUUGCCCCCUUUAAUCUAUCAUUCAUAAAUUUUUGUAUAUAAAUACAUCUCAUCGAGAGAUGAAGGAGGGGAAUGAAGGAUUUGUGAGGGCAGAUCAGAUCGAUCUGAAGAGCUUGGAUGAGCAGUUGCAGAGGCAUCUGAGCAGAGCAUGGACCAUGGAGAAGAAGAAGAAAGACCAGCAAGAAGAUCAACAACAACAGCACCACCACCACCAGAUGCAGAUCUCCACUAGGCAAGACUGGGAGAUCGAUCCCUCCAAACUCAUCAUCAAGACCGUCCUCGCUCGCGGCACCUUCGGCACCGUUCAUCGCGGUGUCUACGAUGGCCAAGACAUCGCAGUUAAACUUCUUGACUGGGGGGAAGAGAGCCACAGGACAGAGGCAGAAAUAGCGUCACUCAGAGCAGCUUUUACGCAAGAAGUUGCUGUGUGGCACAAGCUCGAUCACCCUAAUGUAACAAAGUUCAUAGGGGCUACAAUGGGUACGUCUGAGCUAAACAUACAGACAGACACUGGUCACGUUGACAUGCCAAGAAAUGUUUGUUGUGUUGUUGUUGAAUAUCUUCCUGGGGGUGCACUGAAAUCUUUCCUUAUCAAAAACAGAAGAAGGAAACUAGCUUUCAAAGUAGUCAUUCAACUAGCACUUGAUCUUGCAAGAGGGUUGAGCUAUCUUCAUUCCAAGAAGAUUGUCCACAGAGAUGUGAAGACAGAGAAUAUGCUUCUGGACAAGACACGUACAGUUAAAAUAGCUGACUUUGGUGUUGCUCGUGUUGAGGCUUCAAAUCCUAAUGACAUGACUGGUGAAACUGGAACCCUUGGUUACAUGGCUCCUGAGGUUCUUAAUGGAAACCCAUAUAACAGAAAAUGUGAUGUAUAUAGUUUUGGUAUCUGCCUCUGGGAGAUAUACUGCUGUGACAUGCCAUAUCCUGACCUCAGCUUCUCAGAAGUGACAUCAGCUGUUGUCCGCCAGAAUCUGAGGCCAGAGAUUCCUCGAUGUUGCCCAAGCUCUCUUGCAAAUGUAAUGAAGCGAUGCUGGGACGCUAAUCCUGACAAGCGGCCAGAGAUGGACGAGGCAGUGUCAAUGUUGGAGGCCAUAGACACGUCGAGGGGCGGAGGGAUGAUCCCUGUUGAUCAGCCUCAGGGCUGUUUCUGCUUUCGUAGUUACCGAGGGCCUUAAAUAUGUUUACUACGUCUCAAGUCCAAGCAACAAGUUGGAAUUUCUGAUGCAAAAAUAUCAUCCAAGACGUGGUUAAAUUUAAGAAGAGGUAAUUGGGAUUCCAGAGCUUGGAGGUGUCGGAACCGCUAAAAGGUUAGAGAUGAAGAGUAGCUCUGCAAUGUCUGUUCUUUGUUGGGACCAUGGACUGCUGUAAGGCUUUUCCUUCUUGUUUUAUUUUCCUUCUUGUCCAUUUAAUUAAUUACUCUACGAUUGGCAGACCAGUUCUUCCAUAUUUGAAUGCAUUUUAAUAUUUUAUUGGGAGGAAAAUUUGGUCGACUUUGUGAAUUAUGAUAUGCUGUCAUAUGGUAACAAUUAAAUUAGUUGCUGCCAUCUUUUUAUAUGCAACAUACAAGAUCCAUUAUUUUCCUUUAUUUAUUCUGUACACUUUGUUAGCCCUGCCUGAGUGCGGCCAAUGAUUUUAUGUUUUGGAACUUUAUUUA